ACACACACACACACAGGCACAGACACGGAGCGGUCGCGGGUGGGGUGAAGCGCGCUCCCGUCUGCCGCCCUUCUCCUUUCCCCCUUCGCUCCGCGGCCGGCCCAGGGGGUUCCCGCUGUGGUUAAGCCGCUGAGCGCUGAAGGCUUUGCCCCUGUGCCGCUGGCUGCCAUCUGUUGCGUCCUCGGCUCCGUCCUUCGGCGGGAGUCCCGCGGUGGGGUGAGUUCCAAGCAGAUCUCUGCAUGCUUGUGUCGUUGAUAAAAGGUGGUUCCUAUUCAAGGAGCUUACAGAAGUCUCUUUGUGGAGAAUAUCAACCCAAAGCACAGAUUUCAGACCCCUACUAGAAACUGGAAGACAAGAGAGAGUUGCUCUGGGUGAGGGAUGCUCAGAGACACGAUGAAGUCCUGGAGCGACAGCCAGUCGGACCUCUACAGCAGUGACCAAGAAGAGGAAGAACAGAUGAUUUUUGGAGAAAAUGAAGAUGAUUUGGAAGAGAUGAUGGAUUUAAGUGACUUGCCUACCUCACUCUUUGCUUGCAGUGUUCAUGAAGCUGUGUUUGAGGUACAGGAGGAAAAGGAAAGAUUUGAAGCUCUGUUCACAGUCUAUGACAACCAAGUGACGUUCCAGCUGUUUAAAAGCUUCAGAAGAGUGAGGAUAAACUUCAGCAAUCCAGAGGCUGCAGCCAGAGCACGGAUAGAGCUGCAUGAAACUGACUUCAAUGGCAAAAAGCUGAAGCUGUACUUUGCACAGAUGCAGGUAUCUGGUGAAAUAGCUGACAAGUCCUACCUCCUUCCUCCACAACCUGUUAAGCAGUUCCUGAUAUCUCCACCUGCAUCUCCACCAGUAGGAUGGAAACAGAGUGAAGAUGCAACUCCCCUGAUAAACUAUGACUUGCUUUGUGCUGUCUCCAAGCUGGGACCAGGGGAAAAGUAUGAGCUUCAUGCAGGAACAGAAUCGACCCCCAGUGUAGUUGUUCAUGUCUGUGAGAGUGAGACAGAAGAGGAGGAUGAAGUGAAAAACCCCAAACAGAAGAUCCUGCAGACGAGGCGUCCAGAACCACCCACAACAAUCCUGAGUGAAUCCAAAGCCUUUGAUUGUAGGCUGGAAGUAGGGGGUAGGAUGCAUUGUUAAACUGCUGCUCGAGGUAGUAUCACAACUCAGACACUUCCUGAGUCCCUGUGUUGAUGUCUGUACUGCUGCUAUAUCUUCUGUAUAGCGACAACAGAUUUUACUUGUAGUUGUCUCUCAUGUUCAAGAUUUUUGGAUGCCAAUGCUCUGAAAAGCACUUUAAUUUUAGGGACUAGUCCCCCCAAGUGUAGCAAAUCCACCUAACUUGAAAUAGUGACAAGUAGGAAAUCUGGCUGUGAGUAUUUUUAUUUCUUUUCUAUUUUUUUAAAGCUGUUCCCCUUCUCUUUCUGUGGUGCAGUGUGGUGUACCGAGUGCUGAAGUGUUCCCUGUCACUGUGGAUUUGAGGAUGUUCAUUCUGUAGCAGCUAAAAGCUGACCUGUGCUGGUGCAGCAGCUCCCAGUGAAUAGAGCAUUAAAUGCAAGUGGAACAUAUUCUUUAUGCUGAAGUUCCUUCCCACCUCGUAGCUUUCUGAGGUGAAGAUUUGUGUCUGCUGUUCUCAGACAUGCCAGGGACGUGGGUGUGGUUUGACAGGAGGCACAAGUACGCGCAUGGAACUAAAGUCAAGGCCUUCUGCUGGCUACGCAGUGGAGAACGUGGGAGGAAGAACCACAGGCUGCUGAGGAGACAGACUGUAGUCUGUCACCCGCACUGCUGCUGCUCCUGCCCGGAGGGGACACUGCUGGGUACAAUGCUUUGCACUGACACCUGAUGAGGAGUGAAUUGCAGCAUCGAGAGAUCGAGCUGCUGGCUGCAUUGUGUCUGCUCCUCUCUGAAAACGUGGCCGAGGUUUGUUCCUGCAGGCCUAGAGAUGGCUUCUGUUUAUAGACCAAUUCAGUGGCUGUUGGGUUCUGAGUUGUGUUAGGAGAUAAGCACCAUCUAGGGUGAACUUCAGCUUGUACUCUUCAACUCCUCCAGUCUCUUCAGUGUUUUUUUAGGACAAUCAGUUGCCUGGCUCAGCCAGUUUUUAUGCAGUCCCAGCCCUUGUUUGCUGUUUUCUGUGUGCUGUCCUGGCUGAUAGAGCAGCUGCUGCCUUUUGAGACCAGGAUGCAUCUUUUAAAAUACAGGUCUUUCAUUUUGUGAUCUUGUGUUGAGUCUUUUACUAGGAGGAAAACAUGCCUCAGUAUAAAGACACAGGCUCCUGUGCUUUUAUGCUGUUUUAUAACCAACCUUUUUUAGUCUAGACAGAGUCUUCUUUUUUCUAUUUAAAAGAAAUAAAACUACUUGUGAAUGAACCAGGCUGCUGCUGUUCUUAGCUGGAAAUCACUCAGAAAUUGGCCUUUCUCAAAUUCAUUGUGGUGUGUUUCAGUUCAUGAUGUGCUUACUGAGUGUUCCAAAGUGUUUUCACUUGCUUGGAUGGCAGAGAGAAAAAGGAUUGGUGGUGAAUUUGCCAUGGGCAUGGCAGUUUCCAACUCGGUGUUGUGCCAGCUCAUGGUCCCUUCCUGCCACCAGCAUCCAGCUGCAAAAUGGGAUCCUGCAGGCAGGUCCUUGUUCCAGAGGCAGGAACAGGCUGUAUUAAAGAGGUAGGAAAGCUGGGGGUUUGUUCAUCUUGCCUUCACAGGUGUGGUGUUUCUAUCUCUUCAUGUGAAUACUUCACUACCUAAAGAGGUGUUAAAAUCACUCCAAGCCUGACCUCUCUGUCUCACUGUUCCACCGAACCAAACAACAAACCCUUUGCCUUGUCCACCAGCCUUGUGUAUCUCUUAACAUUCCAGAAGGUCCAGUUGGGAUUUUUCUGUGGUGUUUGUAUAUUUUGUUAAUUGUUUCAUUUCUAUCCCACUGUAGAAGUUGCUGUAAGUAGGAAUAAGUGGGGAAAAAAAACCCAAACCUUGGGAAACAGUUUUCUAAGGCAAAUCAAGCAAAGUGAUGUUGUCGAUGUACCUUGUGUGAAGUGUUUAACAAUUUGCAUUCCAACAUCUUCCAUUGUGUAAGGACACUUACAAUAAAAACAAUGCAGUGCCA